GCCCCGCCCCUUACAUGGGUCUCUUUUGAGCAGCAGACGCGCCGGCUUCGAGCAUCCGUGGCGGGGCAGGCGAGAGGACCCGGGGCUGCGGCUCCACCGGCCGUGGCACAGCCCGCCUGUGACAUGGCCAGCUUCGAAGAGACCGCCUUCCUGACCUGGCAGUGUCACUUGGUGUCCAUCGUGGCUUCCCCAGUAGGAGGAUGGAGGACGCCGCUUUGGCCUCAGAACAGACACAUCCAGGAAGCUGAGUGGAAGAAGGGACAGGCUGAUGACAAGCACUUUAUAGACAUAGUCUCUGGAAAAGGCAGUAAGAGCCAUUGGGGGCGCCCUCCCAGAGGUGGUCAUUCGGAGCGGAGGUCCAGGCCAUCUCCUGUGUUCACACAAACACCAAAGGAGGAACUCCAUACUUGGCCUGCUGGAUACAGUAAAGCAGAGGGAAAGGACAUGACCAACACUGACACUGCAGCCCCAGAGAGCAACACUGACACCGUGGGCCCAGACACUGCGGCCCCAGACACUGCGGCCCCAGCUGCUGCAGCAGAGGUGGCAGGGAGUGCCCACCUGCUGGGCUUCUCCGAUGAGAUCCUGCUGCACAUCCUGAGCCAUGUGCCCAGCACAGACCUGGUGGUGAAUGUGCGGCACGUGUGCCGGAAGCUUGCAGCCCUGAGCCUGGACAAGAGCCUGGUGCACACCGUGCUGCUGCAGAAGGACUAUCAGGCGAGCGAGGACAAGGUUAAGCAGCUGGUGAAGGUGAUCGGCCGGGAGAUCCAGCAGUUGAGCAUGGCCGGCUGCUACUGGCUGUCAGGCGUCACCAUCGAGCACGUGGCCCGAUGCCACAGCCUGGUGAAGGUGAACCUGUCUGGCUGCCACCUGACCUCCCUACGCCUUUCCAAGGUGCUCUCAGCCCUGCAGCAGCUGCGCUCACUGGCCCUUGAUGUGAUCCCUGGCUUUGAUGCCAGCCAGCUGAGCAGCGAGUGUCGGGCCACGCUGAGCCGCGUGCAGGAGCUCAAGCAGACCCUGUUCACGCCCUCCUAUGGCGUGGUGCCCUGCUGUGCCAGCUUGCAGAAGCUGCUGCUGUACUUCGAGAUCCUGGACCGCACUCGGGAGGGCGCCGUGCUCUCCGGCCAGCUCAUGGUGGGCCAGAGCAACGUGCCCCACUACCAGAACCUGCGCGUCUUCUAUGCGCGCCUGGCCCCUGGCUACAUCAACCAGGAGGUGGUGCGGCUCUACCUGGCCGUGCUCAGUGACCGCACACCCGAGAACCUGCACGCCUUCCUCAUCUCCGUCCCUGGCAGCUUUGCGGAGAGCGGUGCCACCAAGAACCUCCUGGAGUCCAUGGCCCGCAAUGUGGCCCUGGAUGCCCUGCAGCUGCCCAAGUCCUGGCUGAACGGCUCAUCCCUGCUCCAGCACAUCAAGUUCAACAACCCGUUCUACUUCAGCUUCAGCCGCUGCACGCUGUCCGGUGGCCACCUGAUCCAGCGUGUCAUCAAUGAUGGGAAGGACCUGCGCAGCCUGGCCAGCCUGAACCUCAGUGGCUGCGUGCACUGCCUCUCGCCAGACUCCCUGCUCCGCAAGGCUGAGGAUGACAUCGAUAGCAGCAUCCUGGAAACGCUGGUGGCCUCCUGCUGCAACCUGCGCCACCUCAACCUCUCAGCCGCGCACCACCAUAGCUCCGAGGGCCUGGGCAGGCACCUGUGCCACCUCCUGGCUCGUCUUUGCCACCUGCGCUCGCUGUCCUUGCCUGUCUGCUCUGUGGCUGACUCUGCCCCUCGAGCCGACCGUGUGCCUGCCCAGCCUGCCAUGCACGCCGUGCCUCGAGGCUUUGGCAAGAGGGUGCGCAUAGGCGUGCAGACCUGCCCUGGCCCCUUUGCGGGCCAGCAGCCCUCCUCUGCAUUCUGGUCCCUGCUAAAGAACCUGCCCUUCCUGGAGCACCUCGAGCUGAUCGGCUCCAAUUUCUCCUCAGCCAUGCCACGCAAUGAGCCCGCCAUCCGCAACUCCCUCCCACCCUGCAGCCGGGCGCAGAAUGUUGGGGACUCCGAGGUGGCUGCCAUCGGCCAGCUGGCCUUUCUGCAGCACCUGACGCUGGCCCAGCUGCCCGGCAUCCUGACAGGGUCGGGGCUGGUGAGCAUCGGCCUGCAGUGCCAGCAGCUGCAGUCCCUGUCGUUGGCCAACCUGGGCAUGAUGGGGAAGGUGGUCUACGUGCCUGCCCUCUCUGACAUGCUGAAGCACUGCAGGCAGCUGAAGGACCUCAGGCUGGAGCAGCCCUACUUCAAUGCCAACGCCCAGUUCUUCCAGGCGCUGAGCCAGUGCGCCUCGCUGCAGCGCCUGUGCCUGGUCUCCCGCAGCGGCACCCUGCAGCCCGAUGCCGUGCUGGCCUUCAUGGCCCGCUGCCUGCACGUCGUCAUGUGCCACAUGUUCACUGGCGAGUCACUUGCCACCUGCAAGAGCCUGCAGCAGUCCCUCCUCCGCAGCUUCCAGGCUGAGAGGCCCGCCCUGAACGUCGUCAUCUUCCCCCUGCUGCACGAGGGGCUGACAGAUGUCAUCAGGGAUGUCCCCAUGGUACACCUGGACGAGAUCACCUUGUUUAAAAGCAGAGUGGCCGAGGAGCCCCCAAACCUGUGGUGGUGAGAGGACCACCUUCCUCUGCUGCUCACUGCCGUGCUGGCCCCAACGAGCCUGUGGCCGUGGGACCCCUUGGCUUGCCACAGAGAAAGGAAGCAGCUCUCGGCCGCCCUGCAGCCCCCACCCUGGCUCUGCUCUUCCUUCCCAGGCACUUGUCGUUGGGGUGAAGGUGUGUACUCUGGGUGACAGGGAGGGCUGGGUAGGUCUCCACGUGGGGUAGCAGUCAGGCCAGGCAGGCUGUGGAUACUGUUGGCCCCAGCCGUGUCCCCCUUGGGUGGAGGAGUGGCCCCUGGCCUGGGCUGGGCUAGGGUGGGGGUUUGCACCUGCAGACAUGGGCGCCCCUUCCCACUGAGACUCAUCUUAGGGCUGGGUGUGGCUCGGUGGCCGAGCACUUGGAUGGAGCCCUGCACCACCAAAAAAAAAGACACAUUUUAACCCAGUUCCAUCUCUGACAUGCUCCCGCCUGGAUGGUGUCUGUGGCCUGUGGGACACUGGGCCAGGGACCACUGGGUGAGGCUCCCCGGCUGGGCCAUGCACAAUCUGAUCUGUGGCAUUUGUUUGACUUCAGAAAACCCAGCUCCCGGUGAAGGUCACCGUGUGCUUCUGAGGAAACAGACGCAGCUUGGCUUUGUUAGAAUAACUGGAAACAUUAAACCCGGAACGGGGGUUAAGCCUCAGAGUGAUCAGGCCACCGUGUCAGGCAACUUUAUUUAGGAUUUAGGAAAACUUGGCAGAGCUGCUUCAGAGUUGAGGAGGGACCUGCUUUCGUCCAAGGUCCGCCCGUGCCCCUGGCUGCCUGCCUCAUUCCCGAGAGACUGUCCCCUCUGAGGGGGCUGCAGUUGGGUCCUGUCCUCCCGGAGUCCCACCCUGGUGCCUCUCAGUCAUGAGUCCCCGCAGGCUGUGAGCAUUGGGAGCCUGGGGGCCUCCCCACCAUCCUCGGGUCUGGGGGUGCAGAGCCCACCAGGCCUUGCCCUCUGCCCUCUUCCACCUGUUGCCGUGGUAAUGGGUCACCCCAGUCUAUGUUGCGUCCCCUUGCUGGUGUUGGUGCCUGCUCUGUACUGGGUGCUCAGGGCAAGCGGGGCCCAUUGGCGCUCCCCCUUGGGACCCAGGGAGUCCGGCGCUUUCAGAUGUGCCUGGUGGCAGAGCAGAGGGACACAGCUCUUUGCUGCCAUGACCCCGGCCCCAUUACAGUGUGCGGGUCUGGCCCCUCCCUGCCCUUCCCUGUAUCAGCCUUGCCCACUGGAGGGGGUCCCCAGGCUGCAGCCAACAGAGGGACCUGCUGCCGACUGAUCCCCGGGGACGUGGUGGGACGGCGGCCUCCAGACUGCAGAGCCAACCGCCCUCCCCACCGUGCAGGCCAGCACAGACUGCCCGGCCGUGGCCAUCGUCCCACACCCACACAGCUGUGCAUGAGGCUCUGUUUCUUCAGAGCUUCGAACAGGCUCCUGAAUUGGCCACCAUCUGAUCAGGGGGUCGGGGCAGGUGCUGGGGGUCUUGGGCCAGCCACUUGUCCCCAGAGUGAGGGGCUGACUGGCAGAGGUGUGGCCCAGGAGGGAGGCCCCUGAGGCUCUGUGUGCCCUGGCUUUGUACCCUCUCCUUCCCUCCCCAGCAGCCCCCGCUUAAGCGGGGAAUUGUCUUUCCACUAGGAAUUUACUCCAAAGGCUGAAACUGUUUUUAUGAUCUGCCUGGCAGGCCUGUUUCAUGAGCAAGCGGUUUUCCCCAGCACUGUAAUUUCUGCUCAUAAACAGGGCUGGGGGAGGGAGCUGUGCAUGAGAGGCUGGGAGCGCAGACACCUUGGAAGCCCCCCCCCCCCCCCCGCAAACAGCAGGCCUUGUGUUUUACUGUCCCCUUGUCCCCUGCUACAGUCCUUUGACUUGGAGUGAGAAUUUCCACUCCUUCUACACCUGAGACACAAUUCACCAGAUGUUAAUAACGUGCUUAUUUUUGCUAAGUGCUAUUUUGGCACUGGUGUUAAUUGCAAUUUAUAUUCUGCAGCAUUUUACACUGGGAAAAGAACCCACCCUAAUGGUCCCUGAUUGGCAGGACUGGGCUCUUAAGUGGCAGACCAUAUGGUGCCUGCUGGAAGGAGCUCGGUCAGCGUGCUGCAGCCUGUGCGUGUGUGUGUGUGUGUGUGUGUGUCUCUCUGUGUCUGUGUGUGUCUGUGUCUGUGUCUGUCUGCCGGGAUGUAUGUGUGCAUGCAUACAUAUAUGGCUCUGCAGGGAUGUGUACGCCUGUCUGUGUCGGCAUCCAUGGGUGUGUCUGCAUGUACACGUGUACAUGCCAGUGUGCGAACAUGGUGUGUAUGCAUUUGCGUCUGCACUUGCGUGUUUGUGCACAUUGCCUGUGUGUGCUCAUCUGGAGCACAUUAAGUCUGCAUCUGCUGAGUGUGCACGUGUGUGUAAGAAACUGGGGGUGGGAGGAGGGAGGAGAUUAGCAGGUUCAUCCUUUGUUUUUUGUUGUUGUUUUGUCUCGGUACCAGGCAUUGAACUCAGGACCUUGCACUUGCAAGGCAGGUGGGGUGGCACUGAGCUGAAUCCCAGCCGUCCUUUGUUCUUAUAAAGAGAAAGUUCCUGGUCUCCCAUUGGUGCCACCCCCACCCUAACCACCCCUCGUCCCAGGUCUGCUGCUCUUGUCUCCUCUAGGGCCAUGGCAGGUGCAGUGUCCUGGCAUCCUGGACCCUGAGACCUUGAGGCCCUGUGUCCUGAUCCCUGUGACCCCCUCCAAAAGCCACACUGGGCCCCUGGGCUUCUGGCAUGAAGGCAUUUGAGUCUGAGGAGAGCAGAGGAAAAGUGCAUUUCUGGGCCCCAGGUCCCCCUUUUGGUGUGGGGUGGCUGUCCUCAUUCUCAUGCUGUCAUAGCAGGCUCAGGCCUGAGGGGCCAGGCAGGGGCCUGCAGCCAGGAUGGUCCGGACUCUUCAGACACUAAGCUCUGCUGGGUGCCCGUCCCCUUAACAGCACCAACUCUCGGUUGAUCCAUGACCAGGAGCGAGGCCCACGAAGCAGGCAUGGCUGGGUACGGGGCAGGCCUGAGCCCCAGCAGCAGGGCUAUGAGAGCCAGGGGCUGCAAGGCCCCAAGACUGCACCCCCAGCCAGGGUCCCAUGCAGGAUAUUUUGCCAGAAGGAUAGCAGGACCCACCCUAGUGUCCCCUCUGAGCAGGGGCUGCCCCCAGUCCCUUUGCCCCCAGUGAUUGUCCCUUUUCGGACCUGGAAUUGCAGAGCUCCUGUAAGGGGAAUGGAGGAGCUUGUGGGGGGCAGGAUGGUGGAGGUGGCUUCCAGCCAGCAGACCUGGGGGAAGGGUGAGUUGACAACCAUCGCUCCCUGCGCUUUCCCAGGGCUCACUGUGACUAGUCACAGUGACUGGUACAUUUGGGGCUCAGGAUUCCAAAGGAAGCUUCUAGGCACAGUGAACCAGGGCUUCCAGCUGUGGGUCCCACACAAGCGACCAGUGCCCUGGACUUUAUCAGGCAGCCUUGCAUGAGCACCACGGGGUCAGGUGUUCUGUCUUGCAUUAAAGGCACAGGGUCGCCGCCUGGCUGUGUCCCUUGCCUGAUCUGCCUGAGGCCUAGGGGGCUCAGGGCAAGAACCUGACACCCCCGUGCAAGUGAAGUGUGUAGAGCCAGGCUCACAGCGAAUGUGGACCCAAGGGAGGUGUGUGCAAAGGUAUGCGGGCUUUCAGGGCAGGAAGCAACAUGCUGUGUAACAUCUUUGACAGCAGCAUCUUCCCCAGCCCUGGUGCUGCCCCUCUGACCGGAACCUUUGUGUGUGGCUUUGCCUUGAGUGGAGCUCAGUGGCUUUUCCCUGGCCCAGGGGUCUCCUUACCAUGCGACCAGGUGCUAAAUGACCAUCCCCUGCCUUUUGGUGACAAACUGGCCCCUCCCUGCCCGCCCAAGGCAUCUCACGGUGACUCCCAGUCCUCAGCGUGGUGUUCGCUCUUCCUCCCGGACAGGUGAUUUCCUGUGAACUUGUGGCAUGUGGGGAGUUUGAAAUAAAGUACAUUGAUUUAGAAA